GAAGAAGUAGUUCGGGUCCUGUAAGAAGUUCAGUGAAAGUGAAAUGAAAGAUCAGCACCCUCCUCUGAGAUGUUUCCAGGACUGCCACAAUCGUGAACUGUUUCAGGACGAUGGGUUACAAACGGUGACGUCAUCUGAUCAGAAGAGGGUAGAAGAAAGUAUUUGUGAAGUAAUACAUGCCCACUUGAAGGACCACAGGAUGCCAAGGCCCAUAUUGCUGCGAGAACAGCAUAUUAUUUAUUUGACGGACGGACUGCAGCAUCUCUCGGAGUCCUAUGAGACUCUGGAUGCCAGUCGGCCCUGGCUCUGCUUCUGGCUCCUCCACAGCUUGGACCUUCUCCUCCAGCCUGUGGCUCCUGACCUCGCCUCGGAUGUGUGUAAGUUCAUCUCCAAAUGCCAGAGCCCAACAGGAGGCUUCGCAGGAGGUCCGGGCCAACAAGCUCACCUUGCGCCGACAUACGCGGCUGUCAACGCAUUGUGUGUUAUCGGAACACAGGAAGCUUAUGACGUCAUCGACAGGGAGAAGUUGCUUGACUUCCUGUAUUCACUGAGGCAGAAGGAUGGCUCCUUCCAGAUGCAUGCAGGUGGAGAAGUGGACGUCAGGAGUAUAUACUGUGCUGCGUCUGUGGCCUCCCUCACCAACAUCAUCACUCCCGACCUGUUUGAGGGCACCUGUGACUGGGUGGCCAGGUGCCAGAGCUGGGAGGGGGGCAUGGGGGGAGUCCCCGGUCUGGAGGCCCAUGGUGGCUACACCUUCUGUGCACUGGCCGCUCUGGUCAUCCUGGAAGGACAACAACGGCUGAACAUCAGAGCACUGCUGCGCUGGGCCUGCAGCAGACAGAUGCGGUUCGAGGGUGGUUUCCAGGGCCGCUGUAAUAAGCUGGUGGACGGCUGCUACUCCUUCUGGCAGGGAGGCAUCCUGCAUCUCAUUCACCAGAUACUCCUGCAGGCAGGUGAUCCAGCCGUUGGUGUCGAGGGGUGGAUGUUUGAGCAGCGGGCUCUGCAGGAGUACCUCCUCUUCUGCUGCCAGUGCCCAGAUGGCGGCCUUCUGGACAAGCCUGGAAAAUUGCGGGAUUUCUACCACACAUCCUACUGCCUGAGUGGGUUGUCCAUGGCGCAGCACUCCAGCGGUGCGUCUCCUCCGCGAGAGCACAUCCAGGGUGGAGAGGAAAACAGACUGCAGGCUCGGACGCACCCCGUCUACAACGUCAACCCGGAGAAGGUGGCCAGGGCUCUCGCUCACUUCAACACGCUGCCGCUGCACGAACGCCGACACUCCCCCCACCGUCAAGGGCCAGACCUCUAAGGCCUUCUGGGAAACGGUCACAUUUCAUUGGGAAGGCUGGGGGACUUGGCGAAGCUCAGGCCUGAAACCUCCAACUAACUUCUUUGACUUCACAUCUCAGUCAGCCUGAUUGUGUGGUUCCUGUGUGUGGCGUUUUAAACCAUUCAGCACUUUAACCAGCCUCAUCAACCACAGAUGAUAGUGGUGGAGCAAGCCUGGACCAGCUCACACACACCUCAGUCACUUUGAUGUAUUUCUCAGAUCAGAAUUGAAAAUCACAAAACUGCUUGUUCAAACCACAUAACUGCAUAAACGCAAUAAUCAUUACUUCAAACAAACAGCAAAUGCUUAAAUACAUCCAUGCAACCGAUUGUGUGCAAAUGUCUGCUGUUGUUUUACAUUUCCAAUUCUAAUGUCAUGUUUGUCAAAAUGCGCUAUACUGGUUCCAUGCUGAAUAGUCCUACCCCAUAAAAGAAAUAGGCCUUAUUUCCUGUUUGAGUCAUUACAUGCAAAAUGUGUUGAACUAGUUGUUUUAUGUGAACAAAAAUAUGCAGCUUAGCAGACAGGAACAUGGAAAGAUCUGGCUUACAGUGGGGCACUGCUCUGCCUAUGGGUUGAUGCCUGUUUUACUGCACAAUGCUGUAAAAGCCUUUUGCAUUAAGAAAUACUUUGAAUAUCUUGUUCAUAAACAAUGACAUAUGGACUUGUCAUUUUGAUUGCACUGACAGUUUCAUUGGCAUAAACACUUGCUUUUGAGACAUAAAUUUGACCAAGAUACGCAUUUUGUGGUGCAGUCUGCGCUAAUUGUUUUAAAUUGCAUAAAAUUAAAACUCGAGAAAUACACUAAAGCAACGGAUAAAAACCUAAGUGCAUCUAUGAUGUUGGGCAACUCUCCCUCAAGGCCUGCAACAGCCUUCAAUUUAAUUUUCCAUCAUACCUUUAGUAAACAGAAAUCAGACAUCAUAAAAGGAUAAAAUAGUUUUAUUUAUAGUUUCGUAGUAAAGGUAUGCCUCAACUUGCAAGACAAUUGUUGGCAGUAUGUACAACAUACCUGUAUUUUCCAUGGAAUGG